CCCGGGCCUCCCUGUGCAGCCCCCGGCCCCAGAGUGGGGAGGAGGCCGUGGCAUUGCUGGAGGAGCUCUGGGGCCCAGCAGCCUCCCCAGAUCGGUCCUCAGCAAUGAGGGCACCCCGGGAUAUGACGGAAGGCUCGGGGGUCACUGUUGGAAAGGAAGAAAGUGGGGCGAUUCCCGUAGCUUUCCUCAGCUGAGUGUGGUGUUCUUCCAGCUUCAGGAUGACCUGCUCCCUGCAUCUGGUCCUCCUUGUCACCGUCUUGCUGAGUCUGGCAGGAACUCAAGAGUCUGCACCUGUGUACAGGGGACAAGGAGGCUGGACCCUCAAUAGUGCUGGUUACCUUCUGGGUCCUGUCCUCCACCUUCCCCCAAAGGUCGAACAAGGCAGGAAGAGAGACUCAGCUCUUGAGAUCCUAGACCUAUGGAAGGCUAUCGAUGGACUCCCUUAUUCCCACUCUCCAAGGAUGACGAAGAGGACGCUGUUAGAGACCUUUGUCAAACCUAAGUAUGGAGCCUUGCAUGGCCAGACUCCUCAAAGUCCUUUAGAAACCAGUUGA